CAGUGUGGCCGGUUCCAUGGAACAAAGGAGUGUGCCACGGCGGGCUUCCGGACAGCCUCAGGAACGCUCCCUAAGAUGGCCGCCGCCGCGGCGCAGGGAUGGGGUGGGCGGAGCCCGUGUUGCUCCGGUCACGGGCCUGGGCGGGGCGAUGGAGAGGACUGGUGCCCAUGGCGGCCGCCCCAGAGCCCCACGAGACGGAGAAAAAGCCCUUCAAGCUCCUAGGUAUUUUAGAUGUUGAGAACACUCCAUGUGCUCGAGAAUCUAUACUCUAUGGCUNAUUAGGAUCUAUUGUGACUGGACUUGGACAUUUCUUGGUGACCAGUAGAAUUAGAAGAUCAUGUGAUGUUGGAGUAGGAGGAUUUAUCCUGGUGACUUUAGGAUGCUGGUUCCACUGUAGGUAUAAUUUUGCUAAGCAGAGGAUCCAGGAAAGAAUUGCCAGAGAAGGAAUAAAAAAUAAGAUUUUAUAUGAAAGCACCCACCUUGAUCCUGAAAGAAAAAUGAAGACCAAUAACAGCAGCUAAGCAACUUCAAUCAGCUUAAAACCCAAACAACUUGUGAAUCAACCAUAGUUUAAUAAAAAACUCAAAAAUGUGUGAACUG